AUGUUCGGUGCCCAGAUUGGUGCAUCUGAAUUGAACAAAUAUUUUCUAAUACCCUUCCGCCCAACUACUCAGAAUAACGCAGAGAAAAUCGCAGCCGAACUGGAUCGAUUGAUACAAAGUAACGAAAAAGUUUCACUGACACAUACUUUAUGGGAUAUAUGUGUAACAAGUUUGAAGUUACCACAAGGAACGGAUGCCACUUAUGAUAUAAUUCUUUAUAUCAUCGACGGUCAUUAUCAUCUAACCAAAUCAUUUGGAACAUUAUUCAAAUCCUUCUACUACUGUGUUGAAUGCAAUGCAACAUUCAAAAAGAAACUGGAUCAUCCAACAAAAUGUACUCGACUAUGUAUGAAAUGUUGUCGCAUGAAUGGUAAAUAUUCUGAUCCAAUGUACCCACCAACAAAAUGUGAACAAUGUAAAGUAACGUUCCUCUCUGAUUCAUGUUGUUCGGAACACCGUCGUAGUGUCAACCCUCGGAAUGGAAUGACAAUAAAAUCAAUCUGUGGGGAUAGGUAUUUGUGCGAAGAAUGUGGAAAAUGUGUUAUAAAAUCUCGUUUGAAGUAUGGUGUGCAACACAAGUGUCGCACUUCCUAUUGUGGAAAAUGUCAAUCGUAUCAUCCGUCACGUGAGAAUUGUUUUAUUCCACAGCUCAGUGAACAACAAAGCAAAGACUAUCGUUUGGUAUUCUUCGAUUUUGAGACAACACAAAACGAUGAGAUUGAAGACGGUAUAUUCGAGCACAAAGUCAAUUGUGUUGUGGCACAAGCGAUGUGUACAAGAUGUGUGGCUGAAAAUACAAGUAUAUCCUCGAAUACACCGUGUCCUAACUGUGGUCCAGCUCGACAACUCGUUUCGACUACGGCUGACGGUGGUGAUCCAAUAGAAGAUCUGAUGAACUUUAUUUUCAAGGUCAAAACAAUCCAUAGCAAAGUUAUCAGUCACUAUGGUGGCAAAUUUGAUAUGCAUUUUGUGUUGAAGUCGCUAUAUGAUGGACGAUAUGGAAAACCUCGAGUGUGCGCACGAGGACUGAAAUUAUACUCACUGAAAAUACAACGUGAAAAAGGAUGUGUGGAAUUCUUGGACAGCUACAAUUUUCUAAACGCAUCAUUGGCGAAUCUACCAAAAUCGUUCAAUUUGAAUAUUGAAGCAAAACUAUAUUUCCCACAUCUCUAUAAUCGUCCAGAAAAUUACGAUAUCGAACGCGGUGUACUUCCUGAAACUCGCUACUAUUCUCCUGAACACAUGCUUCCAGACGUCCGCGUAAAAUUCAUGAACUGGUAUGAUCUUAAUGUGAAUACUCCAUUUUGUCUUCGGCGAGAUCUGGUUGUGUAUUGUGUAAACGACGUUGAUAUCUUACGCGAGGUAUGUUUGAAGUUCCGCGAUUUAUAUAUGGGAAUUGCACAAAUCGAUCCAUUUCUCCAGUCAACCACAAUCGCCUCUCUUGGUAUGCGCAUAUUUCGAACACAUUUCCUACCGUCUAAUAGUAUCAGUAUAAUGCCAGAAAAUGGCUAUAAUCGUGAACAGCUGCAAUCAGUGAUUGCUUUGAAAUAUUUGAUGUGGGAAUCCAAUAAGACAGGUCUCGGAAUUCGUCAUCGAAAUUCAACAGGUGGUGAAUAUCAUAUUAACCGAGAUAAUGGAGGGUACAUAAGAGUUGACGGAUAUGUACAAAAUGGUGGCAACCAAAUCGUAUAUGAAGUGCUGGGGUGUUAUUAUCAUGGUUGUCCAAAAUGUGCGCCUACCAACCGUGGAAAAAUGUCAGCACAUGGACUGACAAUCAAAGAGAACUAUCAAGCAUGGUUGAAAAGACUAUCGUUUCUCAGAAAUCGUCAAUUCGAAGUUCGUGCUGUAUGGGAAUGUGAGAUCAAUACAGCACUACGUCGUAAUCCGGAAAUGAAACAAUAUUUCGAUGAAUGUGAAGUCGUGGACCCAAUUUCGGUAAGACGAGAUGCGUACUUUGGUGGUCGUACUCAUCCGUCUAGAAUGUAUUAUCAACCGAGUUGUGGUGAGGAAAUACGAUUUUUCGAUGUGGUGUCGCUAUAUCCUAGCCAGAUGCGUGAACAAUCGUUCCCAGUUGGUCAUCCUAAAGUUAUAAGCGGCGAUUCAAUUGAAGCAAAUUUACCAUGGACAUCUGCUGGUGAUUGCAUCUACAGAGGAUUGAUCAAAUGUCGGGUAGUGCCUCCAUCGAAUUUGAUCGAACCGGUUCUGCCAUAUAGAGCAAAAACAGGGCAAUUGAUGUUCCCGUUGUGUGCUAAAUGCACUGAAUUAUCCAUAAAAUCAGCCAGCGAUACUAUUGAUUCUUGCACACAUUCGGAUAAGGAGCGAGCAUGGAUUCUCACGUAUUGUCAUCCAGAACUCCAAAAAGCACUUGAAAAAGGCUACCGUGUGACGCAUAUAUUCGAAGUAUGGCAAUUCGAUCAGUUUUCCAACACUCUCUUCGAAGGAUAUGUGAACAAAUUCGUAGCACUAAAGGUGGAAAAUUCAGGAUUCCCACAGAGUGUUGUUACCGAUCAGCAGAAAAAAGAUUAUGCAACACGUUACCGUGAACAACAAGGAAUUGAAAUCAAUUUGGAGAAAGUGAACACCAAUCCAGGAUUAAGAUACAUUGCCAAAUUGAGUCUGAAUUCACUCUAUGGUAAAUUUGGUCAAUCAAAUACAUUGAGUGAGAUCAAAUAUGCUCAAAAUGUGCAGGAAUUAACUAAGCUGGUAACAGAUCCAACAUUCGAGGUUGAAGAUUUGACAGCAGUCAGCGAUGAAAUGAUACGUGUUUCGAUGCACAAGAAAGACGAUUAUGUCAUCGAAUCACCUAUUUCAAAUGUUGCAAUAGCGGCGUUUGUUACUUGUUAUGCACGAUUGAGGUUGUAUCAUUUCAUGGAGAUGGUGGAGGGUCGUGUAUUAUAUGUGGACACGGAUUCUGUUUGUUACAUAUCCCGACCAGGUUUGCCUGACAUACCAGAAGGUGAACUUUUGGGAGAGAUGUCGAGAGAGUAUGCUGAAUAUAUCAUUGAGGAGUUUGUGGCUGCUGGUCCGAAGCAGUAUGGUCUCAAACUAAGACACAGGGAAACUGAGGAGCAGAAAUACAUUCUGAAAAUACGUGGAUUUACCUUAGAUCAUACUGCCAAAGAACUGCUAAGUUACGACGUAUUGAAAGAUAUGGUAAUUUGUAAGUAUGGUGAAAAUCGAAAAAAACGUGUGACAUUGUCAUAUCCGCAUAUAAAACGAACGAAGUAUAGCAAUGUCUACACAGUGAAUCUCUCGAAGACGUAUGCAGCUGUCUAUGGUAAAGGGACCGUCAUGAAAAAUUUCGAGACGAGACCGUUUGGCUUUCGUCCAUAA